AGUAUUACAUCACUAAAAAAGAUUACAAAACUAUGCCGUUACUUUCUUCAUUCCUUCAAGGAGGACAUAAUCAUCCUGUUUCUAGAGAAUGGCAUUCUGAACGUACUUUACGUAAAUCUUCAUUAAUGUAUCCAAUUUUUAUUACAGACAAGCCAGAUUCUGAAAGUGAAAUUUCCUCUUUGCCGGGUCAAAAAAGAUUGGGAAUUAAUAAAAUCGAAGGAUUUCUUAAGCCUCUUGUUGAAAAAGGUUUAUCUUCAGUUCUCUUAUUUGGUGUUCCCACUUGUGAAAAAGAUCCAUUAGGAUCAGGUGCAGAUGAUCCAAAUGGUCCAGUAAUUUUAGCCGUUAAACUUAUUCGUUCGAAAUUUCCACAAUUAUUUAUUGCAUGUGAUGUUUGUCUUUGUGAAUAUACUUCACAUGGUCAUUGUGGACAUUUAAAUGAGGAUGGUACUAUCAAUAACGAAGCAAGCGUAAAACGAAUAGCAGAAGUUGCAAUAAAUUAUGCUAAAGCUGGAGCACAUUGUGUCGCCCCAUCCGAUAUGAUGGACGGUCGAAUUGGAGCAAUUAAAAAUCUUAUAAUUCAAGAAGGUCUUACUAACAAGGUUAAUUUAAUGAGUUACAGUGCGAAAUUUUCUACUAACUUUUAUGGUCCAUUCAGAGAUGCUGCAAAUUCAGCUCCUGCCUUCGGUGAUCGUAAAUGUUAUCAACUUCCACCAAAUGCACGCGGUUUAGCGCGUCGUGCAAUUAGACGUGAUCUUACGGAAGGAGCAGAUAUCAUUAUGGUUAAACCUGGAAUGCCUUAUUUGGAUAUCUUACGUGAUGCCAAAGAAAUUAGUUCUGACGUUCCAAUAGCUGUUUAUCAAGUGUCGGGCGAAUUCGCGAUGAUAUGGAGAUCUGCUGAAGCAAAAGUAUUUGAUCUUCGUGCUGUCGUAUUCGAAAGUAUGGAAGGAUUUUUGAGAGCGGGUGCAAAUCUCAUCAUAACUUAUUAUACUCCUCAACUUCUCGAAUGGUUAGAAACUUAAUUCACGGAUCAUAUGUAAAUUAAGAAAUACAAAUAAAAAUAAUAACACUAUUU